GCUGUGCUUACAAAGCCGGUUCGCGUCGAGGUGCCAGGCAGCUCCGGGACCCCGACUGCAUUCUCUCAAUGGAGUCCGCGCCAGAGCGACGCAAAGGCUACCGGAAGUUGUAGUUCGCGUCCGGUCCGCGCAGGCGUACUUUCCCGCGGCGGUCGCUGAGCUGCUCCUUUGUGGCCGUGGGUCCGCUUUUGUGGGAGGCCGGCCCGCUUGCUCGCGCAUCUGUCCGAGCGUCGGUCGGUCUGUCAGUCCGCGGAGGGGCCGCGUUCUACGCCCGCUGCCUCCGGACGGCUGAGCUUGAGGCCGGCCCUGGUCCCCCGACGCAGUGCCCCAGGUCGCGGGUGAUGGGGCGUGAGCGCAGCCUCGGGUGUGUGGCGCUUGCUGAGCCAGCUUGACCCCGACCUUGAGGGGAACUCAGGAGUCUCCGCGUGCGUGACGGUGCAGCCGGGAGUGCGCGUGCAACCCCACGGGGCUCCCCUGCAGGCUGUCCCUGAGCCCCAGGAGCAGGACCCGCGCCUCUGGGCCUGGCCUGGGGCCCAGGAGGCUGCAGAGCUGCCCACGCCUCCGGGGAACACUGCCGAGGGGCGCCAUGGAGACCCCUGCCCCGAAGCCCCAGGAGACAGCUCUGCCCUCCCAGGAGCCUGCUCUUACCCUCAGAAAGAAUCCAGAGGAUAAAUUGGGUCAGGGUCUCCUGGAAGCCAGGUCCGAGGAAUCGGUGACUUUCAAGGAUGUGGCUGUGGACUUCACACAGGAGGAGUGGGGCCAGCUAGACUCCCCUCAGAGGGCCUUGUACCGUGACGUGAUGCUGGAGAACUACCAGAACCUUCUUGCCCUGGGACCCCCAGUCUGCAAGCCAGAUGUGAUCUCCCACUUGGAACGAGGCGAGGAGCCGUGGUGGAUGCCCAGAGAAGCCCCUGGAGGGGCUUGUCCAGAAGGGGAGCCUGGGCAUGAGGUGAAGGAUGAGUCGUGUCAACGACGGGGUGUUCACAAGGAAGAGCCUUACCAGGAGCCCAUCACUGAGCCACUGGUAAAGUCUAGCAUCCACAGCCCCGGUCUGGGCAAUGGGUGGGCCCAAGAGCGUCCGGCAGCCUCUCUGGUGAGGGGUGAGGCCACACUGCAGAGGCCACCGCCCACCAGCUGCCGGGACAUUUCCCUGGAGAGGCACCAGCAGGGCCAUGAGGUGUCUGAGAAGGAUUUCCCCUCUGGGCGUACCCUCUUCACCCCCCAGAACAUUCCUGAAGAAGCAGACCCUCCUGAUGGGUCCACCGAGGGCUUCUGGUCUGGUGAGGCGGCCACGAAGCACCGGAGAGCAGGCGCAGGGAGAGGCCCGUGCAAAUCUGGUGAUCACAGUGAACACCUGGCCCCAAGCAGGAGGCGGGCGGUGGCCUCUGGGGAUGGCCUCUUCAUGUGCAGCGAAUGUGGAAAAGCCUUCCGCCAGAGCUCGUCCUUGACCCUGCACCGGCGGUGGCACGCCCGAGAGAAAGCCUACAAAUGCCAUGAGUGCGGCAAGGCCUUCACCUGGAGCACCAACCUCAUCGAGCAUCAGCGCAUCCACACCGGCGAGAAGCCCUUCUUCUGCGGCGAGUGCGGCAAGGCCUUCAGCUGCCACUCGUCGCUGAAUGUGCAUCACAGGAUCCACACAGGCGAGCGGCCCUACAAGUGCAGCGCCUGCGAGAAGGCCUUCAGCUGCAGCUCGCUGCUCAACAUGCACUUGCGCGUGCACACAGGCGAGAAGCCCUACCAGUGUGGCGCGUGCGGGAAGGCUUUCAACCAGAGGACGCACCUGACGCGCCACCAGCGCAUCCACACGGGCGAGAAGCCCUACAAGUGCGGCGCGUGUGGGAAGGCCUUCACCUGCCACUCGUCCCUGACUGUGCACGAGAAGAUCCACAACGGGGACAAGCCGUUCAAAUGCAGUGACUGCGACAAGGCCUUCAACAGCCGCUCACGCCUCACGCUGCACCAGCGCAUCCACACGGGGGAGAAGCCCUUCAAGUGUGGCGCGUGUGGCAAGGCAUUCAGCUGCCACUCGUACCUGGUGGUGCACCAGCGCAUCCACAGCGGGGAGAAGCCCUUCAAGUGCAAUGAGUGCGGCAAGGCCUUCAGCUCCCACUCCUACCUCAUCGUGCACCAGCGCAUCCACACCGGGGAGAAGCCCUUCGACUGCAGCCGCUGCUGGAAGGCCUUCAGCUGCCACUCGUCCCUCAUCGUGCACCAGCGCAUCCACACCGGGGAGAAGCCCUACAAGUGCGGCGAGUGCGGCAAGGCCUUCAGCCAGAAUCACUGUCUCAUCAAACAUCAGAAGGUCCACGCCGGGGAGAAGUCGUUCAGAUGUAACGAGUGUGGGGAAAUGUUCGGCUGGAGCGCCCACCUUGCCGAACACCAGAGACGACACAGCGAGGAGAAGCCCUUUGCCAUUCAGUUCAACAAGCACUUACUGAGCACCUACUACGUGCCGGGCAGCCUGCUGGGCACGGGGGGCACGGGCGUGAGCGGCGUGGACCCACUCAACGCCCUGGACGUGGCAGAGCUCUUGUGCGUGGUGCAGCCCUCGGCCAGCAGGACUUUCCCGCUGGGCAGCAAACCUGGAAAUUAGCAUGGCGUGCUGGUUGUCAUCAGCCUCGCUGCUUCCCCAGAAAGCACUGCGGCUCAGAUCCACGUGCCUCAGAUACAAGACUGGCCCUGCCGCCUGUGCCCAUCUCCCCACGUGCUGGGACACCUCUCUGAGCGGUCGGCACCACCCUGGGAAGGGCUGCCCUAUAGGAGGGAAGACGUGAGGGCCAUUUGAGGAUGUCCCGUCGUCCUGCUUUCCUUGGGCUUACAAGUCACCGACCUGGGGAGUAGGUCUUACCUGAGGACAAAAACAAGGUAUAUUGAUCAUUGUGUCCUUGGGACCGGCUCCUGGCAUGAUUUCGAUCAGGAAUUUAUUUCCUUUGUAUGCUGUUAUGUUUAGAAUAAUAAUAAUGGUAAUAAUAGAAACAAACAGAGUAAGUAUGAACGCUGUUCUUUCCAAGUGAACAUUAUUCUGUUCUGGGAGAGGAGAAUAAUCUUCACUGGUGGGGGUUUGGGAAAAGGCAGAUUUCCCGGCCUGGCUUCAUUGAAGCAGCUCUACUGCUGGUGACAGCACCUCCAUCUCAGAAGCGUAUGGCCCAGCAUCAGCGUAGCCAGGUCCUGACACACCAGCUUCGUCCUGGUGGGAAAUGGUGAGCACACAGGCUGGUGCCCGGCGUUCAUCCAGGGUGUGGUGUUGGGGAUAGAUGUGUCUAGAAGCACGCCUUCACCUGGGCUGGCCAGUCCGCCCGCAGGGCCUCCCUCUGCUCACCGGUUCAGCCCUGUGGGAGGAGCCCCUCUGAGGGGACCUGUCCCCCUGCUCUCUUCAGAGGUGGACGGCAUUCAUCUGGAAUUAAUGUUUAUUCCACGCAGUCCUAAGCAAAUCCAAGCUGCUUUCUCAGUGAUAAUACUUUAUGUUUAUAGAGAGAGCUAUAGUUUAUGAAAUGCUUUUUAGUAUACUUUUUAAAUUAUGGCAGCAAAAUGACCACAUUUCGGGAAAUGUGGAAUUAAGGAAAAGACUCCCAUAAUUGCUAAUAAAACUGCAUUUCGCACUUUGAUACAUUACCUUCUGCUUGUUUCAGAGUGGAUUUUUACGUUACUGCAAACAUAGUGUAUAUAUCACUUUAAUCUUUUUUUCCCACCUACUGCAUAGCAGAAUUUUUUCCCAAGUAACUGCACUGUCCUUGGAGUUACAUGUGUUUUAAAUAAGGAGGCAUAAUGUUCUAUUAAAUAUUCUUUUAUUGGAUGUUGAAGUUAUUUCCAUGUUUUCACUAUUAUAAAUCAUUUCACAGUUAUAAACUAUUCUUCAUAGAGCAUCUUUUUGGGUUUUGUUUGGUUUUGUUUUUUAAGAUUUUAUUUUUGGGGUGCCUAGGUGGCUCAGUUAAGUGUCUGACUCCUGAUUUUGGCUCAGAUCAUGAUCUCACAGUCGUGGCACUGAGCUCUGCAUCAGGCUCUGCACUGACAGCACAGAGCCUGCUUGAGAUUCUGUCUCUCCUUCUCUCUCUGCCCCUCCAACGUGCACACCCACACUCUCCCUCUCUCCCUCUCUCCCUCUCUCUCUCAAAAUAAACUUAAGGAGCACCUGGGUGGCUCAGUCAGUUAAGCAUCUGACUUCGGCUCAGGUCAUGAUCUCACAGUUUGUGGGUUCAAGCCCUGCAUUGGGCUGUAUGCUGACAGCUCAGAGCCUGGAGCCUGCUCAGAUUCUGUGUCUCCCUCUCUCUCUCUGUCCCCUCCCCACUCAUGCUCUACCUCUCUCUCUCUCAAAAAUGAAUAAACAUUUAUAAAUAAAUAAAUAGAUAGAUAGAUAAAUAAAUAAACUUAAGGGAAAAAAAAGAUUUUAUUUUUAAGUGAUCUCUACAGCUAAUGUGGGGCUUGAACUCACAACCCUGAGAUCAGGAGUCACAUGCUCCACUGACUGAGCCAGCCAGGCUCCCCUUAGAGCAUUUUUUUGCAUUAUAGUUCUUUUAGCAUUUUCUUAGAUUUCUAAAAGUGAAAUUUUUGAGGUAAAGGAACAGCCUCAAGAAUCACCAUUUUUGUAUGUUUUUGGUGGUGUGUAAAGUAAGACCAUUUCAUUAUGAAGAAAUCCAUCAGCAGUAGCGGUCAAGUAGGAAUGUCCCCUGCCCAGCCAUCUCCAGGGACGGGACUCCCUUUUCAAAGCUGGGUGUCCACACGGUCUUCGUUCAGGCACAGUGACAACACAGCGAUGCUCCUGGGCGCCUGCUGCUUCACCACAUCCCUCCAGAGUGUGGUCAAGCCAGCCUCCCAUUAUGCAGUCCCCAGGGCCACAUUGUGGCAGUUAUGGACCCUUCUGUGACAAAUAGGAAGAGUUCUAUUUUACAGCCACAUUUGUAAAAGACAAAUACAAUCUGUGCUUGGUUCAUCAUUAUACCCAUUUUUUCUCCUUAUUUCAAAAGAACUUCAAACGAAAAAAUCUCUUUGGGGCCCCGCACACUGUGCCUGCUGGCGGCCCUGCAGUGCGCCUGUGGACUCAGCCAAGUGGUACCUUAUUAUCCCUUUACUUGGCGCCUCUGUAACUAAAGAGGCCGAAUAUUGAACACAUUUGGAAUCUUGGUCUUUUGUCUUGAAAAUGAUUUGAAUAUGCCCUUUCUACCUCUUUUCAUUGGAGACUUGAUGUUUUUCUUUUAUUUGCGUAUAAACUUUUUUUCCUGAUUAUAUGAGCAAUACGUAUAUACUGAAGACAUUUGGGGGAAAAAGUCAAAAAAUUGUAAGAAUAAAAAUACACUCAGUAUCAGUUCAUCAGCCAUUGCUGGAGGUACAUUUACUUCUGUUGUUUUUUUUUUUUCUGGGCACAUAUAAUAUGCUUUUUCUUUUAGAACAAAACUGGAUUCAUAUUUUGCAUGUUAUUUCUAUCCUUUUCCAUUUAAUGUUUUAUGAUGAACAUUUUCCACAUUACAAAAUUGUUUUUCAGAAACAUUAUUGAUGGCUGUGUCUUUCUCUGUCUUAUCAUUGUGUCAUGAUCGAUCUGUUCCUUUAUUGUUGAACAUCGACAUUACCUGUACCUAUAAAUAAUUCUGGAAAUAAACCUGUUUUGCCCUUUGGUUAUUUCCCCAGAAUAAAUUGUGAGAAGUGGAGUUCACAGGCACAAGUUACAAACAUUGCACAACUGUUUCUAGGUCAAACCCAGCACAACAUUCUUAAUUCUCCCACAUGGGCACCAGGAGCAUCCCUUUCCCUGCGUGCACCCUUCCUUGCACACACUUGGCAUCAGCUUCACUUUUUAUAUUUACCAUUUUGAUACAUCGCGAAUGUUACUGGCUCAUGUUUUUUUACCUUUUUUUUCAUAUCAAUUGUCUAUUCCAUUCUUUGUUUUUUAUACACACAGACAUGCAGAAAGCACCUUGGCACAUACAUUUUUAUCUUUGUUAACAGAAUCUUUAAUGUACAGAGAUAUUCAAAUUCUGUGUAACUGGAUCUUUUUGGUUUUGCUGUUUAAAUUUUUCCUUAGUCCUUAGGAAGCUCCUUCUUUAAAUCCUUUUUUGGUUCCAUAUUUUGCAUUAAACUCUUAAGUCCAAAAAACAAAAAAACAAGAACUCUGAAGUCCAUCUAUUUGGGAUGUAAAUUCCAAGGUCCCUGAAUCAUUCUAGAAUGGCAUUCUUCACUGUUCCUUAGACUUUUCUGUUUGUAGCUUCAUAAUUCACUUGAAUGCGUAGUAGGACCAGGACUAUUUUCAAUAGGUGUUUUUUUAAGUUUUUUUUUUUUUUAAUCUAUUCUUUGAGAUAACCCAGGAUUCUUCUUCUCAGAGCUCAACCUCUUCUUGCCCCUUCACAUCUCAUUGGGAUUUUGAUUAUAAUUGACUAGUUUGUGAAAAAUUACUAUAGAUUAUAUAUAUAUAAUCUUCAUAUCAAAGCAGCAGUCAUUCAAAUCUGCCUCUAAGCAUCAGAAAAGUUGUAUAGUUUUCUUCAUAGGUAUUCUUACAUAUAUGUUCAAUACGUAUGUUUAUUCUUAAAUUCAUUCUAAUUUUGUGGGGUUUCUAGAUCAAUCCUUUCUGUCAUAUAUAGGACAACUAUUGAUUUUAUAUAUAUAUAUAUAUAUAUAUAUAUAUAUAUAUAUCUUUUUGUAUAUUUAUUUUAUAUCUAGCAACUUUACUGAAUUAUUCUAGUUCUCUAACAACUUAUCAUUGUAUUGGGCUUUCUAGGUAAAUUGUCAUUUAACUUGGAAAUAAAA